AUGGGCAUGUUCGAAAAUGUCUUGCCAGGUCCCAAAGACCCAAUGUUUGAUCUGAAAAAGCAGGCAGACAACGACAAAUCUUCAAGAAAGGUUGAUUUGGGGGUUGGUAUUUAUCGAAACGAGGAGGGGAAUUAUCAUGAGAUAAAUGCUGUUCACGAGGCCAAGAGAAUCCUAUUUGAAAACAACCCAGGGCAUGAUUAUCAAUCAACUACCGGGGAUCCAGAGUUCUUGAAGAGCGCGGCAGCUAUCAUGUUCGGAGAUACAUGUGAGGCUCUAACUUCCGGUCGACAUGCUCACCGUUUUGCUCCUCUUUCUCACAAUCUCCUGCUCGCAGGUUGCAUCUGUCCAGACCAUAUCGGGGACGGGUGCCAAUCAUCUUGCUGGCGUGUUCCUCGCAAGAUGUGGAACGUCGUCAAGCCCCAAGGAUUAGAAGUGGUGAAAUUUCCCUACUAUGAUCCCAAGUCCGCUACCGUGGACUUUCCCACCUUAAUCGAACGGGUUUUGCAAGCAUCACCAGGCAGUAUCUUUAUUUUACAGCCCUGCUGCCACAAUCCUGUGGGCAUGGAUUUGUCUCGAUCUCAAUGGGAUAUGCUUGCUGAUGCGAUGAAAGAAGCGCACGUAUUCCCAUGGUUUGAUAUUGCUUACCAAGGCCUGGGAGAUUCUCUGAUAGAAGACGCUUAUGCGGUGCGUCAUUUUGCGGAAAUGGGAUUCGAAAUGGCCGUUUGCCAAUCUUUCUCUAAGAACUUUGGACUCUACGGAGAGAGAUGCGGCGCCCUUCAUAUGAUUUGUAAAUCCGACACUAUUGCUGCAAAUGUCUAUGAUCAAUUGCGUUGUCUGAUCCGAUGGGAAAUAUCAUCUUCGCCGCUUUACGGAUCACGUAUUGUUACAAGCAUCAUCAGGGACACCCAGUUGAAGCAAACCUGGUCUGAUGAGUUGUCAAUCAUGCGAGACCGUCUCCGCAGUAAUCGGCUACAGCUUCACGAAGCCCUAAAAGGCAAUCCCGGAUCCUGGGAUGUCAUUAUCAAAACCAAAGGUCUUUUUUGUUGCUUGCCUUUAUCUCCACGGCAAUGCAAGCAACUCCGCGAUGAGCAUCAUAUUUAUCUGCCGGAUAAUGGCCGGAUCAAUAUCUCUGGCCUAAACUCGUCCAACAUUGACCGGGUGGCAUCUGCGAUUGUGGCCGUUAUGCAGGAUACAAAUCGGGCUCAUUUGUAA